CACUGAUGAGGAGGCACUGGUAGGUGGCACUGAUGGGCAUUGACAGGUAUCACUGAUGGGCACUGAAAGCAGCACUGAUACAUGGCACUGAUAGGCGGCACUGACUGGCACUAAUAGGUGGCACUGAUAGGUGGCACUGAUUGGCAUUGAUAGGUGGCACUGACUGGCACUGAUGGGUGACACUGAAAGGCAGCUCAGAUGGGCACUGAUAUGUGGCAUUGAUGUGGCACUGAUAUGUGGCAUUGAUGUGGCACUGAUUUGUGGCAUUGAUGUGGCACUGAUGGACACUGACAGGUGGCACUGCUGGGGCUACACUGAUCAUCAGGGCACACUGAUCAUCAGUGCCCUGAUGAUCAAUAGAAAUGCCAAUAACCGGCAUUUCCCUGUGUACAUGUGAUCAGCUGUGAUUGGACACAGCUGAUCACAUGACCGAGCCGACAUCUUCAGCUCUUUCCGUGAUCGGUGAUCCGCUGUGUCCGAGGGACACAGCGCAUCA